CGCAGCAAUCAAGGCCAUAUUCAGGUGUAUAAAAGGGUAGUGGGAAGUGCAACAAUGGAGCUAUCUUUCCACUGCUCUCCAGCUCGCCUCUCAAUUGAAAAAUGGUUAAACACGAUCCAUUUGCUGCCCUCUCUCCUCCCAAAGAAAAGAGAAAGUCCUUUUUGUCCCAGGUCAUCACCAAUCCUGAUGCCUCCUCCUCGCCCUUCAGAUCAAACUCUACAAGGUCCCAUCGCAGCUCUGACAGGCCCAGCGAUAUCCAUGUUCCUUCCUCCUUGAAGUCAAAGACUCCCAGGGCCUUCACCAGAUCCUUUUCCCAAAACAAACCUGCUUUUGCUCAAACAGAUACCAUCAAAUCCACUUUUUCUGACGAUUCCCAUUUUCUCCAGGAAACAGGCUCUGGUCUUACUACAAACAAACUCAACCAGCAACAAACAACUAAAAACCACGAAAUAGACACUCACACUCUAACUUCAACUCAGAAGUCUAUUCCAGAAUCCAAAACUAGCAAUCUUUCCUCCACCUCUUCUGCAAAUGUUCCUCCUCCUUUGGUUGCUGCAAUCACUUCAAAUUUGCUCAACACAACUAACCCCAAGACCCCUAUCAUACACGAUGACGAAGUUUUGUUGCACGACUCUCAAAGAGCCAUUCCACCAAACGCUUCUGCUAUCGACAAGUAUGAAAAUGAUAAUCCCAACCAGGAUACUACUACUGUUCAUCAUUCACCCUCCUCAAGCACAUCUCAUGAAAAGUCACCCAAUACUAAUAAUCAUAUUGAUAAUCAUAUUGAUAGCCGUAUUGAUAAUCGCAUUGAUAAUGAUAAUAUUGAUGACACUCACAUUGAUGAUACCGUUAUUAUUACAAAGAAAUAUGACGAUCAAGAGCCUAUUCCUGAAAAACCCCAAACUUCAAAAACGAUUGAUCAAUUGAACGAUUUACAAUACAACAGUAACGAACCAAUUGAUUUGGGCGCAGGUUUGAAACAACCAAAGGGCAAAAUAUACCUAAUUGCUCAAAAUCGAUUGAAACCAAUUUUCAGUAAAAUCGACUCCAACUCAAAACUAUAUCACCAACAAAACGCAGAAUCCUCCAGUGAAAAAAAGAAGACAAAACUAAUCAAACACCAAAACAAAUUGGAAAAAAUCUCUUCCAAAAACCAAAAAAAAUUGGAAAAAAUACAAUCAAACUAUGACGACAAAAUCAAACAGAUCCAAUUGCAAAUUGAUCAAAUUGAAAAAAACAUUAAAAUCCAUAAAGAAAACCACGUUUUUUUCUUAAACAACGCAAAGGAAGAACAUGAGUUUAAAAUCAAACAAAUUGAAGAAAACUUUGAAUUUGAAAAAAACUUGAUUAUUCAACAAGCAGACCAAUUGAAUCUCAAAUUACAAGAAAAUAAAAGAUCCCAUAUGAAGGCAAAGCAAUUGGCCCAAUACGAUAUCUCAAUUCUAAAUCGAAACAUCGGCAAUUUACAUACCAAAAAUAAAGAGCUCAUACUACAAUCAAAACAACUAAAUGAAGUUUUGAUUUCAAAGCGUGAAUAUCUAACCAAAUUAAAUCAUCUUCAACAGGAAAAUGAAAAAAAAAUUUUUGAAAGUAAUAACGAGCCAAAUGAAUAUUCAAAUCAAAUAGAUAUCACAACCAAACCUGUUCAAACGUCCGAAACCGAUGAGAUAUUGAGCGAAGCUCCCAAAGAAUCAAAAGACCCAGUGGUUGAAACUGAUGUUUAUGAGAAAAAUAAUGAAAACCACACUCAAAGUUCCUCCAAAAACUCUACUGGAACCAAUUUAGUUAUAGAUAAUGAAAAAAACACUAAAGAAAUUGAAAUCACCAAAUCAGAAAUUUCGGACCUUGAAAAGAAAAUCGGUACCAUUGAAGAGGAGAUAAGAGUGAACGAAGACCAGAUUGGCAAUGAUCGAAAUAAAAUCCAGGAAAUUGAAAUUAAAGAAAGCCAGCGCUUGGAAAGAGAAAAAGCCGAAAGAGAAAAAUUGGAAAAACUGGAAAGAGAACGAUUGGAAAGAGAAGCAAUCGAGGCUGAACAAUUGAAAAGAGAAGACGAACAAAGAGUGGCUCAAGAGAGAUUGAACUCUGAACGAAAACUAAAAGAGCAGCAAGAAGCCAUUGAAAAAGAAAGAAUCGAACAAGAAAGGAGGGAAAAACAAAGGUUCGAAAAAGAGGAAAAACGCAAGGUGAUGAGCCAGAUCAACGUCGAUGGUGACAAGAACAAGGAGAUCUUGAAGAAGUUCAAGUAUCCUGAUGUUCCUGCUCCAGAGCCUGCCUCAGACUCUGAGCAUGAGUAUGUGUAUGAAUGGAAGGAAGUGGCACCCUCAACGACGUUGGCGCCCUCCGACAGCAUCAUCAAGUUUGAAACUGUAAGGCCCAAAGGCAAGAAGUGAUCCAGCAGUAACAACAGCUGGUGUUUUGUUCUGUUUUUUUGUCUUUUUGUUUUUUUGUCUUUUUGUUUUUUUGUUUUUUUGUUUUUUUGUCUUUUUGUUUUUUUGUCUUUUUGUUUUUUUGUCUUUUUGUCCUUUUGUCUUUUUGUUUUUUUGUCUUUUUGUCCUUUUGUCUAUUUUUGUUUGUGUCUAUUUUUGUAUUUUAUAGUGAACCAACCGCUGUUUGCCUGUCUCUGCAGCCGUGAGAAGGCCCGCCGUGCUGGUGCGGGAAACGCAGUGGAGCCUUAAAUACACUGAGUUAUCUUGAGAUAUACCCAAAUAUCUCC